AUGCCAACAACAGGCCUACCGAUGAUCAACAUCGCCAAAGUGAGCGAUUGGCUCACACAGAAUGCUAAUGAGCACAUCUAUCCACGGCUCUUUCUCAUGUCCCCAAAUGGCACAUUAUUAGCCUACUCAAAGCCUGUCCAGACUAAGGAGCUCCGCGAUCAAGCUGCGCUCAUUUCCAUGGCUUGGAAAGAACACUGUACUGGGCGACAAAAGUUUCCUGCGCGGGCUGGGACUGCAACUGAUCCUUCGCUCAGACCUGCGCUCAGGACGCUCACUAUCGAAACCCAGGACUGCAACAUCAUAGUGCGUCUGCUUCAGCCAGAGUUACUGCUGGUCCUUAUUGGCAGAAUCGCCCCUAGCAAAAAGCAGACGUUCAAAAUCUCUCCCGAGGGGCAAGGGGACCCUCGGUAUCCGGAAACCGAUUUCCCUAGUUCGCGACCUGGUUCCAGCUCCAAACCGCUGCUUCCGGGCGAUGCGGCUAGUGACAAUCUUGCGUCCGGCAAUGGAGAGGGACUGGCUGUAAAGAACAAGGCGCCUUCACUAUUUAGUAACAUGAGCCAACGGGAGAAAGACAUCAGAGGUGGUGCACUCCAUGUCCAACGAAAGAAACUAGACGCCUUAGCCGAGUAUGUCUUGAAGGAUUUCGAAGACACCUCUUUCGUCAUGCCAGCGGAUGCGGACCUACAGUAG